UUGGGUAAUAUAUGAUCGACAUGUUGGAAUGCGCAGCACAAAUCGUGCAAGACGCGUCGUAACGACUUGUGGUUUCGGUCGUUGUCGUUUACUUUCGUCGCGCGUCUGGCGUCUCGUAAACGCGACGUGACUCGUCGAGCGAACGGCGGCCAAUGCAGUAUAUCGCGGCAGUGAGAACAUUUGCUAUUUGCAAGCUCGCCGACCGUAGACAUACAGAUGGUCGACUACGUAUAUACGUUUACGUGUUCAGAUGCGGAGGGGGGAGAGUGGGGACGCGAGUAGACUCGCGUAUUCUAUGGGCGGGGCUUUAGCCAGCUGGCAGAUGUUUCCCGCGCGGCCGCGUCAUUCCUCUAGCGUAAACCUACGCGACGCGCAAGUAGUUCCGUUGUGGCGCUGAAUAUUUCUCGUAAUAGCCGACCGCCGGACACGGACACGUUCACAUACAAGUUCACACAAGGCACUGAGCGAUCUGCGGCGUUAGCAGCUGUUAAAAAAGCGGAAAUUGUCAGACGAUUACGGAGAUGAGUUGACGGGGGAUAAGCCUGGAGUAAGUUCAGGGCAGAGCAAAGUGCACGACUUCGCCCCAUCUAGUAGGAGCUGCCACGAUUGUACGGGAGCGCGCUCGACGGGGACACGAUUUUCAAGUGUCUCGCCAGGUGAAUUUGUCCGCGAACGUUGUUACCGCAAGCGCUUUGAGUGCUGAUAUUUCGCAAUUGAUAUGCGAUGCAUACGCCGUAACAGUGGUUUACACGUUCGGACUUGCUCAGUGUCGCCCCUUGCCAAUGCAUGAACACGCGUAAAAAUUCUAUUGACGCAUACCGCGUGCGAUGAUUCUGCCGGCAUGCCCAACGAUACGCGGAACAUCGCUCUGCAGUACAUCUUAAUCGGGCCGAAAUUGUGAAGAUAUUCGUAAAAAGUGCAUCGUAAGCGCGAGAAACUGGAUAUUUUCUUUAAAAAAUUGUGAUUGAGAUUGUGCAACGUGAAUGUUUUAUAUUCGACUGCUGUACCGGAAUGCUUCGACGUGGUAUUUUUUACAUGUGACAUUUGCUGGAAAACCACUGCGAAUUAACUGGUAGUAUAUUGACCGCGAGUUUCGCGGGUGAAAGAAAGUGCGACGCCUUGAAGAAAAAGAAGCCUGGGUUUUGACUGCGUAGUGACGUCCCUGACGCCGGGCGGCGGAGUGAUUCACGCGCGUCGUGGGGGCCCUCAGCUGUUUCCCGCCAAAGAUCGCCAUUACAAAACGCGUCCGGGCGUUGUGUGUGCGCGCCGCGCGGAGCGUGUGGCUGUCCCGUGGACGAUCUUCGUGCGUACCGCCGGAAUCCGUUGAGGAAAAAAGGGAUAGUCACGAGAGACGGCGCGAGUCAGUAGUGACGAGUAUCGCGUACACAUAUAUAAUAUCGUAUCGUGAUCGAAGACGUGGUGAUAAAACGCGCGUUGUUUGUCCCCCCUUCCCCGCCCCGGUGGAGUGCGCGGUCGGGCAAGCGAACGAACAGCCGGGCGAGAAAGAAGUGCGCGAGAAAGAGUGAGAACGAUAGCGAGAAGAUAUCGAGAAGAGCAGCAGGACCCGUCGCUUUUUGCAGCCGCGACGACGGCUGUCAGGGACGUGAAAUUAGCUCGGCGGGAUUUUCAGUGCUGCGGACCGACGAGAUAUGUCAGUGUUUGGUGGUGACGAUCGGAUUUUGCUCGAGGAAAUCGUCGAGGCUACUGAGCAGCCGGAGGUUAAACUGUGCGGAAGCGUCGAGACAGUGGACGACGGCUCGGUGACCACGAGUGCGACGGUCGCCGAAGUCGCUGAUACUCAAGAGCAGCAACCACAGCAGCAGCAACCGCCGCAAUCCAAGGCUAACGUCGGAACUGGCCGACGGGUUGUAUUAUCAAACGGCAACGGUAUCAGCAACGUUGGUCGUGUCACAUCACGCAGCCACAUGGAGCAGGAGAAGCGAAUGCGGCGAGAAAUCGCCAACAGCAACGAGAGACGUCGUAUGCAGAGUAUCAAUGCUGGAUUUCAAUCAUUGAGGACAUUGCUGCCGCAUCACGAGGGCGAGAAACUGUCUAAGGCUGCGAUACUUCAACAGACUGCCGAAUAUAUAUACCAACUAGAGCAAGAAAAAACGCAAUUAUUAUCACAAAAUUGCCAACUGAAACGAUUGGUAAAUCAACACGAGGGUGGCGAUGUACCUAUCAAGAAACGCAAAUCCGACACUCAAGGUGUCGUCGUUAGUCUACCAAUGCACGUCAGUGAGAGCGGCGAUGAGGGUUUGGGCAGCAUGUCUCCCGAACCGUUGUCGGUAAUCACAGUGACCACAGAGGGACAUUCCGUUGUCAACAGCGAGGUGAUAGAGCUUAGACGACAGCUAGAAAGGGAACGUCACGCGAGACUGGUUUUAGAGAAACAGAUGAGAACUAUUCACAGUCAGUUGUAUCCAGAGAGAUUCCGGGACAAUCAAUUAAUCACUUAUCAGCCCCACGAGGUGAUCGAGCACACGGACAACGUAAUGGC